UGUAAACAACAUGGCCGCCUCAUAAAAUGGGGCCAUGGGUUUUAAAAUUUAUGAUAGUUUUUAGCGUAAUACUUCUUGAAUGUGUGAAAACUGAUGUGGGAAGUGGAAAUGGCGAAAGCCUGCAAGACAUUGGCAUAAUUGAUAUAAAAAGCCGUUAUAAGCGAUCAUCUGGAUAUUCUAAAUUCAAGAUAGGAAAAAGUCGAAGAAACGUACCCUUAGAAGAACAACUGACACCAAAGAACAUUUAUUAUAACAAUCCACCAGAAAGUCGAAGAAACGUACCCUUAGAAGAUCAACUGGCACCGAAGCAAAUUUAUUAUAAAAAUCAACCAGAAAGUCGAAGAAACGUACCCUUAGAAGAUCAACUGGCACCGAAGCAAAUUUAUUAUAAAAAUCAACCAGAAAGUCGAAGAAACGUACCCUUAGAAGAUCAACUGGCACCGAAGCAAAUUUAUUAUAAAAAUCAACCAGAAAGUCGAAGAAACGUACCCUUAGAAGAUCAACUGGCACCGAAGCAAAUUUAUUAUAAAAAUCAACCAGAAAGUCGAAGAAACGUACCCUUAGAAGAUCAACUGGCACCGAAGCAAAUUUAUUAUAAAAAUCAACCAGAAAGUCGAAGAAACGUACCCUUAGAAGAUCAACUGGCACCGAAGCAAAUUUAUUAUAAAAAUCAACCAGAAAGUCGAAGAAACGUACCCUUAGAAGAUCAACUGGCACCGAAGCAAAUUUAUUAUAAAAAUCAACCAGAAAGUCGAAGAGACCAACCCUUAGAAGAAAAACUGGCACCAAGGAACAUUUAUUAUAAAAAUCAACCAGAAAGUCGAAGAAACGAACCCUUAAGAGAACAACUGGCACCAAAGAACAUAAAGCCACAAGAAAGUCGAAGAAACAAACCCUUAGAAGAACAACCUGCACCAAAGACCAUAAAGCCAGCAGAAAGUCUAAGAAACAAACCCUUAGAAGAACAACCUGCACCAAAGACCAUAAAGCCAGCAGAAAGUCUAAGAAACAAACCCUUAGAAGAACAACCUGCACCAAAGACCAUAAAGCCAGCAGAAAGCGCUAUUGGUGAUCCCUGUAUAACCAAGCCUUGUGCAAAUGGUGGCAUGUGUACAUGGAAACGAGGGAAAAGUCCGGAUUUUACUUGUAAAUGCGCACUCGGUUACAAAGGAAAGUUUUGUCAGGAAUCUGUCCCUGAAUGCGAUUCGCAGCCAUGCCGAGAGAAAGGCUCUUGUGUGUCAACUCCUAAAGGAUUUAUAUGCAUGUGUACAGAUGACUCUCAUGGAAUUUAUUGUGAAGACAAGACAAUGAAAAACAAAACAGUUAUUUUUACUCCAGAAGAAGUUUACGAGGCUGAAACAGGCCUUGGUGUCUUCGGUGGACUUGUUGUGGUGAUCAUUAUAAUUCUAGUCAUACAUUUUAUACGUGUCAACAAAAGAAGAGAAAAUAUGGUAGCCCAGUACCAACAUCUGUUAUCAGUGGAAGAAACACAUCCACCUUUACCUCCUGGAAUCUUUGAAGUCAGUAAUUUAUUAUGCUAUGAAUUUUUCUGUUUUGCCUGUCCUAAAUGGUCAGAAUCACUCACAAAAUACGCCUCGAAAGAAGUUUUACAGAAAGCUUCCAGUAAAAUGGAAGAGGAACCAUUGAUGAAUAGACAGAAUUUACCUAGCAUGAAAAAAUCUCUGGACAGUGUAUGGAGAGGUUCAUUUGAAGAGCAGAAACCUAAAUACCGAUCAACGAGAGACAGACCGCAGUCAUUAGUUUUUCCAAAGCAAUAUAGUUCAACAAGACCAAAAAGUUAUUCUUCACUUCCAAUGCAUAUGAGCCAAAUAGAACAACAAUACUCGUUGCACCCCCUAAAUUACGAACAACCAGAUGAAAUUGUCAACAUUGAACAUGUGCAAUCACAAGAGAGUCUCUUGAGCAGACAAUCAUCCCGUGUAUUACCGCAAAUACAGUCUCAAAUGUCACCAAGGUUAAGAAAUUUACAGUCUGAAAUGUCACCAAGGUCAAACAGGUCCUUUAAAAAAAGGUCGUCUAUUGAAAGACCAUGGGGUUAUGAUUUCGAUUCAGAUGUGAUUCGAUCAAGGCGGAAAUCACUGCGUCACCAUUCACCUCACGAAACCUCAAGCGCCACACAUGAUGAAAUAGCAGAUUUGUACGACAGGAUUUCGCACAGUAGACACGAAAUUCCAUCGCAAAAUAACCAAUAUUUAGGAAAUGUAGCAAGCGAAUAUAGACCACAACAGUUUGGCCAAAGUUUAGAACAAAUGGAAAGCGAAUAUCGACGUCUUAGCAGGAGGCAAUCUCCAAACAGAAGAAGUUCAUCAUCUUCUAACCGCCAAUUUAUGCCAAUUCCACCACCUCCACCACCUCCACCACCUCCACUGCAAAUUCCGAGAGAUUCCGGUAUUGACAGGAAAUAUGGAUCAUCUUUAAUCAGACGACUUUCAUCAAAGUUCGACCAGGGGAUAUAUAUACCGCCUGCUCCGAAUGCUCCUCCUGUUCCACCGCCUCCGCCAUUCACAAUUGAUGAUUAGUUAAAGGAAUCAGAAAUUUUUUCUUGUCCAAAUCAAGUGAAUAAAAUUGACA